AUGCAGACUGCUUCUACAAACAUUUGUGAAAGAAUGGGUCAUUCUCAGGAGCUCAGUGAAUUCAAACAUGGUACCAUGAUAGGUUGCCACCUGUGCAAUAAGUCCAUCCGUGACAUUUCCUGGCUACUAAAUAUUCCACGGUCAACUGUUAGAGGUAUUAUAACAAAGUGGAAGCAACUGGGAACAACAACAACUCAGCCACCAAGUGGGGAGGGGGGUCAAACGCAUGCUGAAGCGCACAGUGCGCAGAAAUUGCCAACUGUCGGCAGAGUCAAUAGCUAAAGACCUCCAGACUUUGUGUGGCCUUCAGAUUAGUACAACAACAGUGCAUAGAGAGCUUCAUGGAAUGGGUUUCCAUGGC